AUGGAUACACCAACAAGAAAGGAAGAUCUUGGAAAUCAAGAAAAGAAUACAAGAAAUAGAAGAAAUCAAGGAAAAGAGAAAACUCAUCCAAGCCUUUUAAAUCUAAAGAAGAAAGAUUCAAGAAAUUAUUAUUUCGCCCAAAGGACUCAUCAGGACAAUACAAAAAGAAAGAUAAACCAUUUAACAAAGAAAAAUACAAGAAUAAGAAAAUAUG